GGUUAACAGUUGUGAGGCAACAUGGCGAACGCCAGUGGAGUGACCGUGGAUGGAGACCUGAUGCGAUACAAUGAGUACUCUCCAAAAACCAGUGUUAGAAGUGACGCGGAGAUAGACAGGCAGCUGGGGCGGACAUUAAUUGCAGUUGGUCUUGGUGUGGCUGCAGCAGGGUUUGCAGGCCGGUAUGCAUUCCACCUUUGGAAGCCUCUUGGCCAAGUCUUCUCUGAAACUGUGAAGAAGAUGCCUACGUCAACUUUUUCAUCAUACUACAAAGGAGGUUUUGAGCAGAAGAUGUCCAAACGAGAGGCCAGCCUCAUUCUGGGCAUCAGCCCAGCCAGCACUAAAGCCAAGUUACGAGAGGCCCAUCGGAGGAUUAUGGUCUUGAACCAUCCGGAUAAAGGUGGUUCCCCGUAUCUCGCUGCCAAGAUCAACGAAGCUAAAGACCUUUUGGACAAAGAGACUCGCCGAUGAUGCACACUGUCAAUGAGCACUAAAGACUUUCAUCCCCCCUCAGCUUCAAAGUACUGCUCGAAUGAGCAUGAAUACCGUACAGUUGAAACCGCUAAAGUUCAAGAGGAUCGUUAAAAGCAUUCUUUGUUAGGCUGCCAGAGUAACUUGUGUUUAACUGAAUUUGUCACCCCUGUGAUUAUAAGGUUAAUACAUCCUUAAAACCACCUGCUGUUAUUUUACACGUAGAAGUAAUGUGUUGUAUUUAAAUGAAGGGGUUUGAAAGGAUAUAUACACCACCUAGUGGCAGCUGGCUGAAAAUGGAACAGUAAUUGUGCUGAGUUCAUUAUUGGCUGUGUAAAUAUAAUGAAUAAUGAUCUAUUUAAUCAGCAAGAGAAUAAACUGUUUUCAUAUUUCGAUGUUUUAAUGUGAAAGUUAAAAAAUAAAC